CUGUUGUUUUGCAAAUUCAGGCGCACGGAUUCAGUCUUGAAAUUAUAACUCUCCUACAGGAUAUCAAAAAACACCGAAACAAUUUAAAUAUUACGUUUUGAUUUAUUAUACUAUUCACUUAGUACCUUAAACCUCAUACCUAGAACAAGCGGUUGAGGUAACAAUUCCGCGAACCAAACCUCCCCUUAAUGUCCAAUUAGCACAAUUUAGCCCUUUGAAUUUCAGCGGCACGUUCUUAGUUCUGUGUAAAAAAAAAAAAAAAACAUUGAAUUGAAUCGCAAAUGCUGAAACUGUGCUCUAAUGGCGUCCAAUUCCGGACCCAUCUCUCUCUCCACCUCAAUCGCUUGUUUCUAUACUCAACAUCUUCUGCAACUGAAAAUUCUCCCUCUUCUAUGGUGGAUUUCAUGGUUAAAUCUCUGGGUUUUUCAAGGGAAGAAGCAGCUAUUUCCUGGAGUAAGGUCAGUAAAUCAAAUCGCAUUAAAUCCACUCAAAACCCUUAUUUAGUUGUCGAUUUCUUGAAACAACGAGGAUUUAGCAAUACCCAGAUGAAAAGACUUAUAUUUUCUUUGCCAAUUUUGCUGAAAUGUAGGGUUGAUAGAACCCUAAUUCCCAAAUUUAAAGCUUUAGAAGAAUUGGGUAUUUCUGGUUUUGAUUUAGCUGAUGUUGUUGCUUCAAAUUCUUCAAUUUUAAGAAGCGGUUUUACCAAUCGGGUUAUACCCAUGAUAAGUUAUGUGAAAUCAAUUGUGGGUGAUGACAAAAAAUUCUUCAAACUUUUGAAGAGAUCAUACUGGUUGAUGAGUCUUGAUAUUGCUGCAGGAUUACAGCCUAAUAUAGAGCUGUUUAGAAAGUAUGGUAUCAGUAAUGAAAGAAUUCUGUAUCUUUUAGUUCAAUAUACUGAGAUUUUUGGGCGUGAUCCUAAAAGGGUUGAAGAGAUUUUAAAGAGGGUCCAUGAGGAGUUUGAGAUUCCUCCCAAGUUGAUGCAGUUUUCUGAUGCUGUUGUAUUGCUAGCUUCGUUGAGUGAGAAAACCCUGGAACCUAAGUAUGGGAUUUUUAGGAGCUUUGGUUGGACUGAUUCUGAUAUUAAGGUUAUGAUGAGGAAGGCACCGCGGUGUUUGGUGUUGUCGGAGAAAACAAUUCGUGAGCGGUUGAAUUUUUUCAUCAAUGAGUUGGGAUGCCAACCAGGGUACUUAGCAAAUCGUUCUUAUGUGAUGUCAUAUAGUAUGACUGAUAGGGUUUUGCCGCGCUAUACUAUAUUAAAGGUCUUGGAAGAGAGGAAACUUAUCACUGUUAAAGUGGGAAUGUUGACGGCUGUAUGCUGCUGCGAGUCUUUUUUCUUAAACAAGUUUGUGCUACCCUACAAAGAUGAGUUACCUGAGCUCUGUACAGCUUAUAUUUGUAGGGUAAAAGGGACUUCUACUACUUAGACGAGGGAAUUUUGACUGAUCAAGUGACCUGCUUUAAGAGCUGUCGUAAUUUGAUUAGGAUAUGAAGAUAACAAAGAAUGAAUGUUGCUCUUUUUUUCCUAGUUACGAGUAGAACAGAAAUAUGAAAAAUUCUGUUUGAUUUUCAAGCCAGGGUGGCUAGUAUAAGAAGCUUCAUAAAAAAAAAUAUUCAUGCCAGAAAGGUGUGGUAGCGCUGGCUAUCAUGAAGAAUUGAGGACACUUUUAGCAAAUGGUAUAUGAGGUGGAGUGAACCUCCAUUCUGGUUAGUGGUAGUGUUUCAAUCUGUCAGCUGGUGGUGAUAAGAGGAACAUUUUUGAACACUUUGUGAUCAGUAAAUUUUACUCUAUGUAACUGAGUAUCAGACUGACUGUUUAAUUACUUGAAUCAACUUCUCUCAAAAUUUAUACAAAAGCAUUUUCAUAUUGAUUGAGGAUUGAGAACCUAAUCAAUUAUUAGUUAGGAUUCUCCUGAAGAAAACCAGGGGUCAGGGAAUGUUGUGAGAUAUUGUACAACUUACUUUGCGUUUAAUUCUAUGAAGGGAAGAUUGAAGAAUUAUGAACUGUAAACCCCAAACUCAUUUCCACCAUGCUUUAACAUGAUAUGGUGCUAUUUUUGGUGUUUGAUAUGGUGCUAUUUUUGGUCUUUUCAUUAUCAUUAAAUAAUCUCUCUCUCCCCCCCCUCUCUCUCUCUCUUCAGAAUUUGAUAACAUUUCUCAACCAUGCAAUUCCAGUUUAUUUACUAGAACUAUAUUGUUUCUUUGAUGCAUUUCAUGGAGAUACUGUUGGAAAGGGUCUGAGAAAUUCAAAGUUAAGAUGUAAGAGGCAUUCGUUCACACUGACUAUGAAGAUGCUGUGUGCAUAACUUGAUUCCUCAAUUUGACGAAAUAAACUGUUGAGAGAAUGCAAAAUUUGUUUUUGUUUUAGUAUUGUUUUGCUCAUUGCUAUUCCCUGAGAUAGUUGGCACUCUUUGAUAGUUGUUACCAGACAACUAUACUACAGUUGUAAGCCAGCCAUUGCUUAUCUAAGUGAAGCUGUCCGUAGGAAAGUUAGUUCUAACUUGUACUGUGAAUGCCAUGAGAGAAUUUGUUACUUGGAUCGGUGUUUUUUCUUUCUUAGCUCCUUUAUUAUGUACUUAGCCUGUUAUUUAAUAUUUUGUUUUGUUUAGUUGACAGUUUGUGUGCUCCUGGAAUUAUGUUUCUGACAGUGUGGAGAUUCUACUUGGUCGCUGUCCAUCAGGUAACAGAGCUUGAUAGUUGCUUGUAUAAUUUGCUUAUGACUUGAGAUGAUAGUUAUGUUUAUGAUUGCAUACUUCCUUUGCUUUUAGAACAGUAAUUAUCCUUGAUCAAUAUUGUUGACUUACUAAUUUGUUAUAAGUAGUUAAUAUGAAGUAUAAUUUAUACUCCCUUCACCUCAAUUUGCUUGCCUCAUUUGACUGUUUUUUUAGGUCGAAUGGGGCAAGUAAAUUGAGCCCUAGGUAGUACUAAAUACUUGCAUAUGCUGUAGUACAUAGUUUUGUAAAUUCUGGAACUUGUCUCGUAGCUGAUUUUUGGGAUCUAGGCAGUGUUUGAAUUUCAAAAAUAAUACCAAAAACAGCCCAUUUAAUAGGAGGUUAUAAAGGGUGGUAUGGAUUAUGAAUUCAUUUUUAUUUUUGCAAUGAAUCUAUCAUGCAAAUGACCAUGAUAAUGUAAGUAUGUUUCCUCAUCCCCAAACAUGUGUUUAUUUUUAAAUAAAUAUCUAUUACCACCCAAUACCACUCCCUUAACUGGUGAUGUAUGGUAAUGAAUUAUGAAAAAAGAGAUACUUUGGGGUGAUCUAACAUUACGUGGGCACUGGCAUAGAAAUUUCCUUUCAAAUAUAUUUACAAGUUUAUUUCCAUUACCACCUACUUACCAAACAGGUACAUAUAUUUUGGAAUGUAAUUAUGGCCAUUAAGCUAUAUCAUGAUUCUCAGGACAUAUCUUUUGGCUAAAACAUUCUGGUUAAUUACCUGAUUUCCUCUAAUAUAAUCAUUUUACUGUCAGUUCUCCCUACUAUUGUUUCUUCAUUUAGAAGUGGGAGCAACUGGUAACAUUGUCUUCUGUGGCCUGGACAAAAUCAAACUAGAAUUUAUUGUCAAUUUACUCUUAAUUCUAAUUAAAUUUAGACGAGUGAUUGAAAGGAAGAUUCUUAUAAGCUUUAUAUUGCAAUCCGAAUUUCUUAGCUAGCUAGCUAUCUGUUAUAGUAUUGGGUCAUGAGUGAUUCACUCCCAAGCAACACAUCAAUAUCCUUCAUAAAGAAGUUGUUUAAGAAUCUGAUUGACUGAGAUCAAACUUUUUCUGCUAAGCACUUUAUCUUCCCCUACGUUUGGUGCGUUUAAGGCAUAUGAGCUUCUGCUUUGACUGUUUUUUGUGUGUUAUGAAAUAGAGAUUUAGGCUUCAUUCUGCUUACUUGAAAACUCCUUAACUUACUGAACUUACUGAAACUUAUCUGUAGUGCUACACAUUUAUUUCAAUUGUUAACAGAAUGUGAUAGCCUUUAUCUGAAUUUAUUGGCCCAAUUUUGACUUAUUUUUCUUGUAAUUAUACUUCUAAGGUGAAAAAAAUGAAGCCUUAGUAUCUACUUUAUGCUAUUUAUUAUACGUUGGUUCAAAAAAUAUAUUGAAUGCCACAAAGUUAUAGAGAUCACUGUGUUUUAUUUUGCUGAUGGUAUCACAAUUAUAUUGCUCAACAUGAGCUGUGAUUUCUUUCUCCCUGCGAUAAAACAAAUUCCAAAGAUUCGUGCUCAAGUGCCUCAAAUGUAGUGGCAUAAUCCAUAAUGUUUAGGGAGACUAGGUUUUCCUUGCAAGACAUGCGUGUUCGGUAUGUGGAUGUUACUGAUUAUGUGGGGGGAACUUUGGAUUCUUAACUGCUGAUGUUUGGAUUCUAAAUGCCAAUGUUGUGAAUUGUUGGUUUAUGAAAAUGUUCUGUCUGGGAAUGAAACAAAUUCUGAAGAUUUGUGGUUGAGUGACUCAAGCCUAGUAGUAGUGGCCAUAAUUCAUAAUGCGUGGGGAGAGUCUAUGGUUUUGAGCAAUUAGGUUUUAUCUUGUGCGACGUGCAUAUUCUGUGUGUGGGAUGAAUAGGCUGAAGGAACUAUGGAUUCUGAAUUUUGGAUUCUAAGUGCCAAAUGUUAUUACACAUUUAUUAAUUAAGUUUGAUGGUCCAUCACUCCAUCUUAUGACUUAUUAAAGCAAACUUGCAACUAAUUUGGUAUUAUUUGAGAUGAAAUAAAUAUCCCUUGCUCAUUAAUCAGUUACUUUGUAUUUGAUAUGAAGAGAAGGCUACUGCCCAAAAUAUGAAUUUGCAGGGUUGAAAGGGAAGCAGCUGGUUACAGCUAUCCCCGGUGUCAUGUCAUUUAUCUGCAAAAGGCUUCAACAUUGCAUAUUUUGGAAUUACAGUAGCUAGCCACACUAAGUUAUGAGAAUGGCCUUCUCUUCUAGCCUAUACUUUCUUUCACCACUAUGCCUAUUUAAAUUUUUGUUAUCUAUUAAUGUGUAUAUUAUGGCUCCAGUAAAGAGAAGACCGUCGUUGUGACGUGAUUACAUAUAUACAGAUUAUGUUUAUUUUAUUGGCCUGACUUCUGAGGGCUUGAAUCUCCAAAGAGGUAGAACUAGUCUUAUCUUCCUGAUAAUCUCCUCAAUCUCUUCUAUGAUAUUAUUUAGCUAAUCUGCUUGUGUUAGUCUUACCAGCCGGUAGAUUUCUUUCUGAUAUUUAUUGGUUGCAUGCUUAGCCUUUUCUUCUAGUGCAAGACCUUUGCACUCUGUGCCAAAACUUAUAUGUUGUUCAGAUUCGCUGCAGUCAUAGUGAGUGCUGUUUGAUGGAUUAUUUUUUCCCACCAUAGCAUUGAAUUAGAAAAGUUGGUCAAGCUUCUGAACAGUGGCGGCAUCCUUGUCACUUCGCCCACUGCAGUUGACCACAACCUUGGUGCCAUGAGGAAGAGUAGGGCACAAUUUCUCCGGGGCAGCUAUUGCAUGCGAGGCUUCCAGGGCUGGGAAAAUUCCUUCAAACCUGCAUAACCUCUUGUAUGCUGCAAGAAAAACAGCACAUUUUAUUCAGGUUAGAGGAUCUACCCUCUCAAGCUGUAUUAACUUGCCAUUUCCUUGGAAAAAGCCAAUUGGGACCAUAAUACUUUUUAGUGUACAUGCUGUAUUCCCUGUCUUAUCCAAAGCCUGUUGAGUAAUUUUGAAAAAUAUUUGAAGAGAAAAGAUUUUGUUAAAGCAAUUAAAUUGUGCGAAAGGGAAUACUCCAUGUACACUACAUGUAUAUAUAUCCUUAUCACGAUGAAUGAGCUAAUUUAAGGCAGUUGGUAGUCUGAAAGUUACAGACCCUAAUAAACGAAAGAAAAGUAUAUAGAUGUCCAAAGCAAGAGAGGAACUAGGUGCUCAAGUGGUGACAUUUAACUUUUCCCCUUCCCCCCUUAUUUUUACCUUGGUGCUCAAGUGGUGACAUCAUGCCAGAAUUAUGUACAUACAGUGGAGAUAUACCAUCCAUAGUCCCCUGCAGUUGCAGCAAAAUGCAUUGGCUUGAGAAUUUACAUCUUUGGCAUUCUUUUUCAGCUUUACUGAUGAAUAUUUGGAGGAGAACCCUGAUAUUUUUUACCCCCCUCCCUUCCCCACCCCACCCCCACCCCUUCUGAAAAAAUGUUUCCCCCCUCCCCCCUUUUCCGUAUCGUUCUCUACAUUUAUUCACGCUGAACUAUCUGCAAAUUAUUUUGUACAUCGCAAAUUAUCUGCAAAUACUGCUGUCUUGUACGUCGAUUGCAGGGAAGGUUCAUGGAAAUCAGGACUCUUAGCAGAUUCCUCCAAUGUAUUCAGAGCUCAUCUUGCUAGGAUAUGUGCAGCUUACUGAAAUGCAAGAGUGCCCUGUUAUUCAUGCAAAAUGUUCUACAAAAUAUUGUGGCUUGUAAUUACUGUCACUGAAACAUUAUGCUAUAUCAAUGUUUGAACUCUUAAAGAUU